GAAGAUAGUCUGCCGGAAAACCACACGAAGAAAAAGUCGUAAACGGAAGUGAACAAUAAUUUCCAAGUUAGCGUUUUAUUGUUGUAUUUACACGUUUAUUAACACCCUAGAACUCAACAUAUGACUAAUUUAACUGCACAGCAUCACAUACUUACCCAAGUUAGUGUUUAAUUUGCGUUGGAAACAGGACUUAAAUUAUAGGUUUUAUAUAAGUAACGCUAGCUAGCUGCUAACAAUGGCUGACUGUAUGGUUUUUCACACUCAAAUAGCCUCCAUUAUGGAGGUGCUAGCAAAUGCAGCCGUGGCAGACAUCUGUAAACUCGUAGACGACGACUAUGCAGUGUUUCGUUUGGAAAUAACUCAAAGCCAGAAAGAAAACGGGGCACUGAGGAGGAAACUACAGCUACUGGAACUGAAGGUGGCACGGGAGCGCGCAGAGAGGACAAUGAUGCGAGAGCGCGUCGUCCCAGGGAGUACUACUACGAGUAGUGUCAAGAUCCUGGACCGAUACAGAGGAAUGGCAAGAGGUGAAGGUCAUCUCACUGGAGACCACAGGAUCUCUGUGAAGCCCGCGGGACACAAUACAUGGAGAGAUGACCAACCAAUCAUUGUUGAUGAGGGGAGUGGAAUCUCAACCCAGCACGUUAUCUUGAUAGAGUCUGCAGAUGCAGAGGCUGCUGGGUCUGGGGUCAAGCUGGAGAGGUCUGAAGGAGAGGAGGACCCACGACACAGCAGAGACAUCCAGGCUGAAGCGCCCCCUGUAGCCACGGAUGAUUCCACCACUGCCCCAGCACAGAAUAGGACCCGACGUAGCAUCACAGAGGAGGAGGAGGGUCCAGAGGUUCUGCUGGUGAAGGAGGAGGGGUGUGAGGAGGGUCUGGGGAACCCUGAUGGGACCAUGGUCAUGGAGGACAACCAGACUACACCUCCUCCUGAACCCACAGAGGAACCAGCUGAGCAGCACAGGACCACACACAGUCUCACUGAGUCAGUAGACAUGGAGAAUGGGAAGCUUGAUCUGCUGCUGGUCAAAGAGGAGACGAUAGAGGAUGGACCAGAGAGCGUUGAUCAGCUGAAUGAACUAAAGAUGGGGGAGCAAGGUGGUUGGCUGGAGGAUGACAGAGGAGACUGGGCGGCCAUCUUGGAUUCCCAGACCCAGACGGGUGCAGCCAAGGGCUCGCGGGACAACAUAGUGGAGUCUGCAGUCCAUGAGGACCUGCUGAUAUCCGGUGUUGCUGGCGGGAGAGACUGGACCUCUGAAGCGGCGGGUCACAAAACCUGGCCCCUGAUCAGGAUCCUGGAUCAGGAGCCGUCGCUGUUCCUUCCCGAGUCAGAACAGGAACCGAACCGCGAGGGACAGAGACUCCACCACCACACAGAACACAACCAGUGGACAGGUGGACUGAACAACCUCAGUCCUGGUGGUCAUCAGAGAGACGGAGGCUCCAGUCAGGGAUCCAGUCUGCAGUCCAGACCCUUCUCUUCACAGUCUCAGUGCAGGGAUGAAGCAGGGCCUGGGGCUGAUAGAGAUAGACCCUCCUGUUCCUAUGAUACAAACACCACAGUAUCCAUGAUGAACAGAGUAGGUCACCCUGGGCUUCAGCCUUCACAGAGAGUGAUGGGAGACCCCCCUGGUGGUAGUCUAUCAGGAAGUCUGUCUUCUCUAAUGCCUGGUGACUGGGUUCAUAGAAAUCCUGGCCCUGGGUCUAGCCUUCCUCGGUUACCUCAUGGUUACCCCACCAAUACAGACCGGGUCAGGAUGGGCGUUCACCACGAGAAGUAUUUAGCCUAUAACACAGCACACAAUCCUAACAACACCCAAACAAUGGCAAGUGGUCAAGGAGGGAGCUCAAAAGCUCCUGCUUCUACCUCCUCAGGUGUCUUUGGGUCACAACGUGGGAGGCCGAAUAUUAGGACUGACGGCGACAAGCCGUACAGCUGCGCCACAUGUGGGAAGCACUUUACCAGGGCAAACUAUUUGAAGGAGCAUCAGACCGUUCACACCAAGGAGAGGCCUUUCAAGUGCAAACUAUGUUACAAGAGCUUCCCCUUCCGGAGUAACCUUAUCAGACAUAGGAGUGUCCACAACGGGGAGAAAUCAUAGCAGUGUGGCUUGAGAUGUACACAGGGGAUGUCAGGAAACCAUUCUUUAGUUGACAUAGAUAUAUUGUGAAGUGUCUUGGGGUAAGAGGAUAAUUAACCACAUACCCCUUAUUAACCCUUUGUUAACUUGUCAUUUGAAACAGGCUUCGGUAAAUACCUGUUUUUAGAGACCAUAAACGUAGGCUAAAACAAGGACAGUUGAAAAUGUACCUUGCUGAGGUGAUGAUGGAAUAAAGUCGUUCUAUAAUUUUCUACUCUA